AUGAAGCACCCUUUGCUUGCCACUAGGUUUCCCCUGAGGCACAAUACUUCUUCUCCCAAUCCUAUCGAUGUAGACCUCGUUGCGCCCGGAAUACCAAGGGCAGGUUUAUACCUUAUUCUAUUAGAGGUACGUCUGGAAUUACCUAUAUACUAUGAGCGUCCCACUAACACUGAUACAAAAGGUAGAAAGCCACUCCUUUCUCGCAUACCCGUCGAAUAGGCACUCGAGCAGCUGGCCCCCUUCGCCAACCCCGGUGGGGGUAGAGGUAGUGGCCCGAAUGGGUUCGAUAACGAUUUUGACGAUGAAAUCUCUGAGGGCGAGCUAUUGAGUGCUGCUAGGGCUAGUUCGCCGUCAGGGAACUCCUCUGUUGCCCGUAUUCUGGAUAGCGAAAGGAAUAACUAUAUUGAUAUAGUCCCCGGUGUCGCAUCGAGGAUUACAGUUGGUGACUCAGUGAUCGAGAACUCUGAGAUGGCAUUUGCAAAGGAUACAAACGCGAGUUUUGGCAUCAUGGGGUUAGGAAAAUAUAGCGUACUGUUGGAUAGACUAAAGAAGGAAGGGAAUAUUGGUGCAAAGGCUUUUUCUCUAUGGAUAGGCAGUGGUGCCAAGCGUUCGCGGGAUUGGGAUGCGGAUGCCCGGGUUGAAGCCCAAUUUCCCAGAAAUAGUGACCAAAGAUGCUAAUUCGUAUCUUAGAAUAAAACCUACCCUGGAAGCUUGAUCCCUGGCGGGUAUGACCCUGCGAAGCAGAAGGGCGACAGCCGUAUUCGUGGUCCGUUGGUUGGUGGGAUGUCUAAGAUUCAACUCACUAGUGUCAAUUUGCAUAACCCGAAGACUACACAGUUAUUGGGGGGGAAAGGAUGGUGCUUUGGAUGUUGAAAUUGACUCUUCGGUUCCUGGGAUAUACCUUCCUCCAGCUCUUUCAGGUUAGUAUCUCUUUCAUCAUAUCAGUACACCGGCGUUAACAAUGGAGCAGCGAGGAUCAGGAACUCUUAGGAGAAUGGUUUCCCCCGGGAGAGAAAGCUAGGCAACAUCACCAUGAGACCCCCUUCAGAAGCUGGCGGUUCUGCUGACACGCAUGAACUGAACAUCGCUUUCCCGAAAUCGGGUACGAAUCCCCCCCACAAAAAACACCUGUCAUUAGUGCUAACCCUUGCUCCCGCUAGUUUGGUAUGAGGACUAUAGUUAUGUCGGUAGUCCCAACCCUUCCUUCAUGCCAAUCACGAACUACACCGGUUCUACUGCAAUAUUUAGCAGAGCGUUUUUGAAGGCAGUCUACCUAGCAGUCAACUACGAAACCGAGUUCCAGGUCGCUCCUGCUAGUUUCUCUAUAAUAGCAGAAACUCCCCUGCCGCUAGCGACUCAUGCUACCCGCCAAUGGUGUCUACAGUAA